AUAUAUAUAUAUUCUCCCAAAUAAACCUAAAAUGGGGAGGAAGAGAUUGCCCCAAAAUGGCUUCUCAAUGCUACCUCAAACACCAACUUAAUUAUGAAGAAGUAAUAAUUUGGAUUGUACAUACUUGAGCAGCUUCAUUGCAGGCACAGUUACUUCAAUGAUAAACCCUGCCACGUGACUCCUUAAUUGUUGGAGCCAAUUACCCGCACUAACUGCCAUGUUUAUUAUUAUUAUUAUUUAUUUCUUCAAAGUUCACAUGCUCCACCACAAUCAAGCUCUCUCUUGCAGGACAACCGUGCUCCUCCCUGCACCAGAAUUUUCUUUCCCCUCUACGCAAAACUCGUAGAAUACUUAUUAUAUUACCACGGUCGGUCUCAUGGACAUUCUGUGAACCCGAUUUAUCUAUUAUUAAGAUGGCAGGUCGCUAUUAACUUUGGAAAUGAGAAAGGCGCUAGCGGACAAGAUACCGCGAGACAGGCUCUUUAUAUUAGUCGGUGACGGACAAUUAUGGACAGAGAAAAAGAUCCUCUGCGCCAUCCCUGGAUGAGCUUGGCUUACUUCUACAAAAGUCAAGCUAUACCCUUCUAUCCUGAUAUCGAGCUCAGCUGAACGUGAGUCCACCUGAGUACCGACUCUCUUAAUCAUUACCUUGGCAUUAUUUUAAACGUAAAAUUAAGCCGUAAUUGGGAAUUACCAGCGAUGCUUAUUCUCUAAGAAGCAUGGCUAGCCACCUUGAGUGAAAGUGCAGAAAGGGAAACCGGAAACCCUAUACGGUGCCGUUUUUCCUUCCUUUACUUUUCAGUGAAAGUUACCUUGACCGUAUCAUCUGUGUGACCACCGCUCUUUCCUUUCUAAAUACUAUAAAAAGCAAAGAAACACAGACUGCUCUUUCUCAGUGAUUCGCACUUCCAAACUAGAAACCGACCAAACGGUAGCUACCUCCACCGCCAUCUCCGGCAAUGCCGCCGGAAAUUCAGGAGGCUCCGGCACCAAACCCGUAGCACCGAAAUCCGACCCGAGAAGCCAACAAAAUGGCACAAAACCUCAAGCACCGUGUCUUCACGUGCCUCACCAAGCUCUCAGACAGGGACACACACUCCAUAGCCGCGUCCGAACUCGAAUCUAUCGCCCGGACACUCGACCCGACGCAAUUCCCCACGUUCCUGUCGUGCAUUCAGUCCACUGACCCGUCCGACAAGUCCCCGGUGCGCAAACAAUGCGUGAGCCUCUUGGCAGUCCUCUCGGAGACUCACGGCAACACGCUAUAUCCGUACCUCUCUAAAAUGCUCUCCUCCGUCACGCGCCGCCUCCGUGACCCGGACUCCUCGGUCCGAUCCGCCUGCGUGAACUCCGUCGCUGCUCUGUCCUCGCACGUCACGAAGCCUCCUUUCGUCUCGUUUCUGAAGCCCCUGGCCGACGCGCUCUUCACGGAGCAGGACCCCAACGCGCAGAUCGGAGCUGCUCUGUGCUUGGCCUCGGCGAUCGACUCCGCUCCGGAUCCGGACCCGGCGAGGCUGGCGAGGCUAUUGCCGAGGUUCGAGAAGCUCUUGAAAUGCGAGAGCUUCAAGGCGAAGGCGGCGCUCUUGGCUCUGAUUUGUAGGGUUGUGAGCGUCGGUGCGGCGUCGUUUAACGGGGCGCUGAAGAACUUGGUCCCUUGUCUGGUGGAGUUCUUGAGCAACGACGAUUGGACGGCGAGGAAAGCAGCGGCGGAGGCGCUUCUGAGUUUGGCGGUGGUGGAGAGGGAUUCGCUGCAGGAGUACAAGCCUGGCUGUGUGAAGGUCUUCGAGAGUCGUCGAUACGACAAGGUGAAGGCUGUGCGGGAGGUUAUGAAUCAAAUGUUGGAGGCCUGGAAGCAGAUUCCUGAUGUUUCGGAUGAGGCAUCACCACCACCGCACUCGGAAGCUUCUUCAAAAGAGAAUGCGAGUGAUGGACGCCAUCCACCUACUGGGUCCAAAAAUUCUUGCAUUGCUGGUUCUAAAGCUCCUCAAUUGAGGAAAAACCCCAUCCUUACUAGCCGGUUAACACCGACAGAUCAAUCAUCUGCUACCGGUGCUAGGAAGAGAAGUCCUUUGCAGAGCAACAACAAGAAAAUAGAGCACCCAAUUUUCCGGAAGCUGGACUGCAAGAGGUCUUCAGACUGGAAAGUUGAGAUUGCAGUGCCUAAUGUUUCUGGGCCUUCGGAGGCUGAUUACAGGGAAAGAGAUGAGAAUGUCCCUGAGAGCAGGAAUACAGAGAAAAAUAGGUUAUCCAAGCCCGAAACAAAACGGUCGCUCUUCAGUAAGAACUCUGAUGAUAAGAUGCACAAGUUUGGUGGGUACAAGAAUGGAUCUCGUGUGGUUCCAUGCCAUGAGGAGACCCCAGAAUCCCCUGUUGUUGUCAGUAAUGUUAUUGAUUUCCGUGGGAACCGCAAAGAGAGUGAGGAUUUAUCUUUAAUCCGCAACCAGCUUUUUCAAAUUGAAAAGCAGCAAUCUAGUCUACUAGAUCUACUGCAGAGAUUCAUUGGGAGCUCACAAAAUGGAAUGCGCGCCUUGGAGACACGUGUGCAUGGCCUAGAGUUGGCACUAGAUGAGAUCUCAUAUGAUCUGGCUGUAACAAGUGGGAGGAUGACUAACACUGACUCCUUCAGCACCAAAUGUUGCCUGUUAUCGGGUGCAGAUUUCUUUAGCUCCAAGUUCUGGAGAAAGACAGAAGGCCGUUAUUCGUCCUCAAGGCUUUCCGCUUCCAAUGUUACCCCAUCAGUGCCUGCCAUGCGCUACAGAGCUGAUAAGAAUGGCAAUGCUGAAAUGUUAAAGUCAGAGAACCGUAGGCGUCAGCUACAGGGUGGUGGUGGGUUCAUUGUGAAUCCACUUGCGGAGAUUCAGAGUGAUUCAAGGGGUAUCUCAGAGGUGUCACAUCACUAAUUAAUGGAAAACAACAGAUCUGAUGCAUAGUUUGAGCCGAAACUUCGAGUUUCCUCCAAUUCUAAUUUCACCUUCUUGGAGAAACAACCUCGAAUGAGCAAGAGGUGUGAAGAUGAUCACUGCAUGGUCUAUAUUUGGCUUGUCAAGUAGCCUAUUGCAAAUUAUGUGAUGGAAGCAGUUCUCUUUUAUGCCGUCACCUAUAGAAUGGUCUCAUUAUACUGUUGGAAAAGCUAAAAAGUAGCUGAUUCACUCGAAAAAGUCAUAACCUGGUGCUGCAUUCAUUUUCUUUUUGAUUCUUUUUUCUACUAAAAUUGAGAAGUCGCUAUGAGAGAGCUUCCACCAAGUGCCACUAUCAUGAUAUAGAGGGUGAAAUGUGUAUAGAGGAGUAGAGUUUAUUUUCCUUUUUGUUGAAAGUCGUUCUCUUUGUAUUGGUUCAUAAUUACUUGACCUGAAAAGGCAGUGAGGAUGUGGAUACUAUUAUGAUGAGCAUGCCUAUAUGGUUUGAGUUUUA